CUGCUAACCAGGGCCCUGGUGCUAAAUUUGCUAAUCAUGCAGUGGCUGUCGGGUGCAAGAAACAUCCCACCUGCUUUACAGGGAUCCAUGGAUUGGUGGCGACCUUCGCGUCAGAGAGUUCAGAAUGAAAUUCCAGCCACUUUUCACCCCUGGAGACAACUGCAACCCACUCCUCAGGGAUCCACGGAUAGGUGGCGACCUUCAUGCCAGAGAGUUCAGAAUGAAAUUCCAGCCACUUUCACCCUCCCAAGUCAGAUAACAACUCCCACUGGUGGAUACUAUAACAGAGUCAUGUCUGGAAUGGAUCUAGUGGACAGAAAGAGUCGAUGGCAGGAGAUUCAGAAAGGUUUACAGUUUAUCCAAUCACCAUUACCAUAUCCUGGAACUCAAAAUCAUUACGAAGUGUUCAUUAAGGAUCUUAUUUGGAAUCUUUUUGGAGAAGGCAAUGAUGUGUUUAAAGAGGGCGACUGGACAAAAUCCAUCGAGAUGUAUACGGAAGCCUUGAAUAUAGCUGAUUAUGCCUCUGCGGAGAAAAUCCAUAUGGCAUCUAGUAUACUAGAGCAGCUUUACGCAAAUAGAGCUGCCGCAUACCUAAGCAUCAUUCCGGGAUUCUACGACCACGCACUAGAAGAUUGUGAAAAGGCCCUGAGGCUAAAUGACGGCAACUAUAAAGCACUGUAUAGGAAAGCGAAGUCUUUAAACGAAAUGGGGAGGCAUCAAGAGGCCUAUGACGCUGUAGCAAAAUGCUCUCUAGUUGUGCCUCAGGAUCCCAGUGUUAUACAACUGACUCAGGACCUCGCCAAAAAGUUGGGACUAAAAAUUCGCAAGGCUUACGUUAGAACUAAGCCGGCCUUGAAUAUUUUACGUGGAUCAUGUCAUCAGGAUGCCGCUUGUGAAAAGGUUUCACAAAAUGCAUCUUCAGUUGAAGAAAUAGAAACAGAAAUCGUGCCUCUGGACAGCAGUGUUUUGGGUCCUACCCCAGUCCAUGUUCUGCCAAUGAAUGACACAGCGGUAAAUGAAGUUCCGCUCUGUAGCAGUAUGCCACCAAGGCCUCUGUCAGAGCCUCCGGGCUUUGAGUCACUAUCCCUCCCCGUGUCGACGCCCUCUUCUGGCUGCCUCAUGACAACACCUUUCAUGAACGGUUGCCAAACCGGUAAGCCACAAUCACUGCUCGAGACCAGCCAAGACCUGGAGGGAGACAUCAUUGGUAACGACUUAGAUGACCUGCUGGACCAGGCCAGACCAAAACCCGACAUGGUCCUAUCGACAAUGAAGGGCCCUAUUGCUUUGCCACCCAGUAUGCCCUCGACUGCCUCCAUGUCGAGUCCAUUCCUCAUGCCGUCUCCCAUCAACCCCUUCUUAUCCAGCACCCAGCAGUGCACUGUCAAUCUCCCACCGCUGUAUAACCAAUUUGGAUCCAGUGCCUAUUUCGGGAUGGGCACUUUUGACACCGUACCCCAGCCCCUGAACAGCCUUGAUAACCUCCGCAUAUCAGAAUUCAACACAGAUUAUUCCUCACAUUCAUUCCUACCACAGCUGAACAACAGUGAAACCCCGAUGGGAAUGGCUGUGGGUAUGCCUGAGGUGAAGGGCGCUCCUGUUGUUUCAACCAAGAACCCUUUAGCCGAAACUCAUGAAUUCAAACAGGCGUGUUCACUCUGCUACACCAAAACAGGAACUGGCGUGUUAGACUAUACACUCCUCACCGAUGAGCACAAAUGUAAAAAGGAUAUUUUACUGGGUAGACGCAAGCAAACAGCUGAUAAAAGAUGGAAGCUCAUUCGGCCCAGACCAACGAAAACACAAUAUGUUGGGCCUUAUUAUGUUUGCAAAGAGGUGACUGUGGGAAAAGAAUGUCUGUAUCCUGGCCACUGCACGUUUGCAUACUGCCAGGAGGAGAUCGACGUUUGGUCGCUGGAGCGGAUAGGCCUUUUGUCUCGAGAACUUCUCUUUGACCCUUUUGGACCAAGCUCCAAAAUGAGGCUGACUGUAGCCAAAAUCUUACAGGAGCACCCGGAGAUCUUUGUGUUUCUGUGUGGAGUGUGUUUUGACCACAAGCCUAGAAUAAUCAGCAAAACCAACAAAGAUAACCCGUCGCUUUGCUCUCAUCCGGUAACGAAGCAUGACUUUGAAAAACACAAGUGCCUUGUCCACAUAUUGAAGGAGAAUACGGUCCGGUAUUCCAAAAUCCGAAUGUUGAAUCAACUCAGCCAGCUGGACCUGUGUCGACACGAAGUGCGGUACGGCUGCAUGAGGGAAGAUGAGUGCUUCUACGCUCACAGCCUAAUUGAGCUAAAAGUCUGGAUGUUACAGCAUGAGUGCCGUAUCAGUCAUGAAAGUAUUGUUCAAGAGGCCACAGCAUUUUGGAAUUCAAAUUUGGCACAACAAGGUGCACAGUGUUCAGGUCAAAGAAGGUUCGGGCCACAAAACUUGAAGAUGAUGUUUGUUUGUAGCCUAUGUUGGAGAAAUGGGCAGCUAAGUGAAGCGGACAAAAACAAAAAGUAUUGCUCAGCUAAAGCAAGGCACACGUGGGCCAAAGACAAGCGAGUGGUGCUCGUAAGUUCUAUUGAAAGGAAAAAGUGGACAACAAUUCGAGCCCUUCCGACCAAAAAGCCAGUGCCAGCUCAGUUUGAGAUUUGUAUGCAUGUGGCUGCUGGCAAGAAGUGUCAGUACAUUGGCAAUUGCACGUUUGCACAUAGCACAGAGGAGCGAGAUCUCUGGACAUUCAUGAAGGAAAACAACAUUGCAGAUUCUGAUCAGCUCUAUGAAAGGUGGCUGCAGUCACAGAAAGCAGGUUGGGGAGAAGAGAAUGCUAAUAUAUCAGUGAGGGAGAACGGCAAGCCGAUCCACAUGCCAACAGAUUAUGUGGAAGAAGUGGCCGGAAAUCACUGCUGGCUGUGUGGUAAGAACUGCAACAGUGAGAAGCAGUGGCAGCAGCACAUCACCUCGGAAAAGCACAAAGACAGAGUCUUCAACUCCGAGGAUGAUCAGAACUGCUGGCAGUAUCGAUUUCCCACCGGGACUUUCAAAGUCUGUGAGAGGUUCGAUAUAGGAACAUGCACCGAGGAUGAUUCAUGCAAGAUGGCCCAUGGAGAGCAGGAGCUGCAGGAGUGGAAGGACAGGCGAGAAGUGCUUUUGAUGAAAUUGGCCAAAGCCAAAAAAGACCAUCUUAUAGCACCCAAUGACAAUGAUUUUGGAAAAUACAGUUUUCUUCUUAAGGACAUCAAAUAAUGGGAUGAAGAUGAUGUGAAGAGAAGCAGCACUCCAACUCAAGGUAACCUCUGAUGUUCCAAGGAUUCAAGCCAGUGUGGAUCACGGCAUAAUUUUCAAAGCGGCUCCAGAUUGGCCCGACGACAGUUGCCACAAGCCGAAUAAACGGGAGCGUUGCCUCGUUUUGCUAUGCACCCCUCAUCUGAAUAGGGUGAUGGAAGUAGCACGUUGUAAAGCCUUUUCGUUCGUGACAGUUUUCAACACGUUGCAUAAUCAUUUUGCAGUUUGUUCUAAUCACUCCACACUGGUCAGUUAUCUGAUAAUUAGUUCUUGAUUCAUUGCCUGUCAUUGUCAAUGGCAGGCGUCUAAUUCAAACUAAGAGUUUUGGCUGUGAAUGCUUAUGUUUGUGCCAUUGACCGUGCCAGACGUCCAAUCCAUUUUGAUUAGUAAGACUGACAGCGAUCAGUUGCUGUCAGCCUCUCCCUGUCAAAUUAGAUUGGACGUUUGGCACAGUCAAUGGCAGCUAAUUGAGUUGCGUUACAAAGACAGUACGCAAAAUAAAGUUUAUUUCCCUCAUAAGGUGCUUUGUUACACUUUUUUGUGCUUUUUAAUUGGCAGAUUAUCUGCACAAAUGAAAACACUAAUGGUAUUCAUAGUAUAAUGGUGUCGGCGGAGGUCCAUUUAUUUCCAGCUGUCACGGGCCAGCUGAGGCAAGACAUCCCCUGGCGACCAGCACAUGCUGCAGGUCUUCCACCUCCAGCUUCCACAUCUGUCUGUGCAGCGCGGCGUGUUCGGAGAGGUCGGCCAACUUCACGGCACUGAUCACCGGCUCCGGAGAAACGGCGUGGACGACACCCAUUACCAUCACGUAUUUACCUUGGGGAGAGGAGCAGUGCAGAUUAAAGUCGCCGUUAAUUUUAGGCCAGUGGUUCUUAACCGAGGUUCGAUCGAACCCCUUAACACAGGGCCCUAUUUUCAUACUUAAGGCCAAGUGUCGUUUUACACUACAUUUUGGACUGGGUUCCCUCAAAUUUACAGGCUUUAUUUCAUUUCUUUCAACUCCUGUUUUCAAAAACAAAUUUGAAAUUUAAACAACUAAAAAAAAUGCAUGUGAAAGCUAUUUUUCUUUUUUCUUUUUUUUUUUUUUGAUUGAAGUAAUGUUGAUUUGUGUUUGGGCCACAUUUUGGCUAGGACAUUUUUGUCUUUAUCAUUCAAUCUAAAAAAUAAGUUGAUCAAAAAAUAUUUUCUGAAGGGAAAUUUCAAUCAUAGAAAAGGUUUUUGAAUGCGAAAAAAUAUUUGGGAUUGAAAAUUUUGCAUUUGAACACUUAAUUUUUUCAUUGAAAAAGUUUUCUUUGACGCAAUCCUUUUUGUGUUUGGGCCAUAUUAUGAUUAGGACAUUUGUGUCUAAAUCAUUCAAUCCCAAUAAAAGUUGCUUCAAUCAAAGAAAAUCUUUUUUCAUUGUUUAAAAAAAUUAUAUGCAAAGCAAAUGACUGAAGU